AUGGACAAAUACACCAAGAUCCGCGUGGUGGGCAAGGGCGCCUUUGGCGCGGCGGUGCUGGUGCAGGCUCGCAACCGGCCGAGCGAGCAGUUCAUCGUCAAGGAGGUGGACAUGAGCCGGCUGAGCGCGCGCGAGCGCGAGGAGGCCAAGAAGGAGAUCAAGCUGCUCGCCUCCUUCAACCACCCCAACAUCGUGCGGUACCGCGACUCCUUCCUCGAGCGCAACCAGCUCCACAUCGUCAUGGACUACGCCGAGGGCGGCGACCUCCACGGGCUGCUGCAACGGACCGCCGACGCAAAGCAGCGGCUGCCCGAGGAUCUCGUGCUCGACUACUUUGUGCAGCUCUGCCUCGCGAUGAAGCACGUGCACGACCGCAAGGUGCUCCACCGCGACAUCAAGUCCCAAAACAUCUUCCUCACCCAGAAUCGCAAGGUGGUCAAGCUCGGAGACUUUGGCAUCGCUCGGAUGCUCAACUCAACGCCUCCCCGCCGUGCUGGCCGCGUAGGCACGCCCUACUACAUGUCGCCCGAGAUUUGCGACAACAAGCCGUACAAUGACAAGUCGGACGUCUGGUCGAUGGGCUGCCUGCUGUAUGAGCUCGCCUCGCUCAAGUGCCCCUUCGACGCGCGCGACAUGCGCGGCCUGGUGGUCAAGAUCCUGCGCGGCGCCUUCCCGCCGCUGCCGCACUGCUACUCCGCCGAGCUCUCGCAGCUCAUCGCCCGCUGCCUCGCCCGCGACCCGCACCGCCGCCCAUCGGUCAACGAGCUGCUCGCGCUGCCACUCAUCCGGUGA